AUGACAAACACACUCAGCGACUACUUUACGACAAACAGCACACCAGACAUACAACCAACCCCAGUGUGGCAGGCCCACAAAGCGGUCAUGCGAGGCCACAUGAUUAGCCAGGCAUCAUGUCUAAACAAAAAAUCUAAAGAAGAACACCGAACAUUAUUACGCACACUGAGGGACACAACCAAAGCGAACACCGUACAACCCACCCCGCAGAGAAUGCAAACAAUCACAGACACUACGGCACGCCUAAAUAAUCUAGAGCUAGCUAAGACCGCACACAUCCUACAAAAACUCAAACAAACAACGUACAUGCAAGGGAACAAAGCAGGGAAAUAUUUAGCAACACAACUCAGGCAAAAACAAUCUAACGCCAAGAUCCCAUACUUACUCACACAAGGAGGUGAAAAAAUACACAACCCGCAGGACAUAAACGACAACAUGGACAACAUGGCAACAUACUAA